AUGACCGUCACCAUCCCCCUCCAAACCGAUCUCCUGAGCCUUCCUUUGAGCCCCGAGCAGCUCGAUACCAUCAAUGAACAGCUCCGCAAUGAGUCUCCUCAGGGGAUCCUUACUUGGGCGGUUACUCACCUCCCCAACCUCUACCAGACGACUGCCUUUGGCCUUACCGGUUUGGCAGCGACGGAUAUGUUGGCCAAAAUUACCACGUCGCCACCUCCACUUAUCUUUAUCGAUACCCUCUACCAUUUCAAAGAAACUCUCGAUUUGGCAAAUGAAGUCCAGCGCCGUUACCAAAGCACCAUGCAUGUAUACCGCCCUGAAGGAACCGACACUGUCGAAGAUUUCGAGCGCAUUCAUGGACAAAAACUUUGGGAGACUGACGAACCUCGAUACGACUACCUCGUCAAGGUGGAGCCGGCACGCCGAGCAUACCGAGAGCUCAACGUACAGGCCGUCAUUACUGGCCGACGUGCUACCCAGGGCGCCGACAGGGCCAACCUGCAGCCCAUCGAGGUUGAUGCGACCGGGUGCGUCGGAGAUUGGCACUCGACGAUCAAGAGCGGCUCCGGCGAUGCCGGCGAGCGUGCUGGCCGUUGGGCAGGGAAGGAGAAAACGGAGUGCGGGCUCCACCAGGACUACUUCAAGUUGAAGUUGUUGGCUAUGAAGAAACAGCGCGAGGAAGAGCUCCGUCUCAAGGAUGAGUCACGCCCAGAUACCGAGGCACUUCCAUCAUCAACAAUAGUCUCGACCAACUGA